UUUAUUUAUUUCUUUUCUUCAUUAAAUUUUAAUUUGUGGGCAUACUUGAAGCACAAGCCAUUUUAGAACUCUCAAAUUACUUUAUAUGAUCAAAGUUUCUUACAUUGAGUAAUUCACUACUCGUAUGUAAAAAUUAGUCAGGUGAUCUAAACCUCCAAUGCAACAAAAACGUACGAGCCGUGUUCCGAGCUUUUUUUUCCUCUAAACUAUCAUGUGUUAGCCAUAAAUCUGCACGUAGACUAUUCAUUUUUGGUAAAAUGCCAAAAAGUAUUAAAAAGAGCGUUAAAUUUAGGCACCCUUCUAGAACUUUCAAUUCAAUUUUUGGUAAAAGACACACUAAAUCUUUCAAAAACCGCUAAAUUAAAAAAAAUGAGAGAGAAAGAGAGGGAGAGAGAAUGAGUGAGAGAGUUUGAUGGGGAGAGGGAGGGAUGGAGGGAGGGAGUGUUGUUUACGUUUAUAAAUCAAGCGUUAAUUACUAUCGGUUUGAAACAAAUGUUAACAUUUGCAUACUUCAAUAUGAUUGUGUUUGUGUUAUACAUUAAUUUCAUGUUUUGUUCGCGCUGUAACAAACAAUGUCAAAAACAGCUCUCGAUUUAGAAUUUUUAACCGAUAUAAUUUGUUUGUUCUCAUUGUUUUGUUUCAACUUCUUUUACGAAGCUUAUGCAACUGUAACAGAAACAGGGUUUCAUUGCGAAGAUUUGUCAAUUAGGUAUCCAUACCUACAAAUAGAUAAAAAAGAAUCCUUCCAACUGGUAGAGGUGUACUUUUUACCACUUUUAAUGGCAUGGACUUGCGAAGCGGUGAUUUUCCCUUGGAAAGACCCGAAAGUCAGAAAGAUGAAAUUCUUUUUUUUACUUUACGAUUCGUUUGUCGCGUUUACGUUCGGCUAUUUGCUCAGUACAGCUUCGGCGGUCUUCUUGCAAAAAUCGACAGGUGUGCUUAAACCUUAUUUCCUAUCUGUCUGUAAACCGAACAUCGACUGCUCAAACCCUGACAACCAAAACAGGUACAUCACGAACUACACAUGCACCUCAAAUGACAGUAUGAAAGUGUCUAACGCUCGGCUCUCUUUCCCUUCUUCUUAUUGCUUGCAGGUCAUCUUAUCAACAUUUCUGCUUGUGCUGGUUCUAGAAACGAAGUUGCACGUCGAUGCAGUGAAUUUGGUCAAACGUUUAAUUCAGUCGUUUAUUUUGUUUUACGGCCAUAUUCAAUGCGCGUUGAGGUUCAGGGAAAACGAGAGCCAUUGGAGCGACAUUCUCGUAGGUUACAUCAUGGGAGUCGGAUUUGCAUACUUCAACGUUGGUAGGUUCAAGGCAGUAGAAAAGAAAAGUUCGCCCGUUCAGGAACACAAUUUGGUUGAACAAAUCCCAUCUUCGCAAAUUAUUUCGGCAGAAAGUCAACCGACGAUCUGA